AUUCACAAAAUAAGACUGAGCUGUCACUUUAAUAAGUAAUUUGUUAGAACUUUACGACACAGGACUUUAAAGUAGACCAUAGUCGUUAUAUGUCAUAUAUAUCAGAUGGACGACUCAAAGGAAGGCGUCCAUACUUGCCAUCUAGGCUGUGUCUCAUUUCGAAAGAUGCGCCCUUCAGCCGCAUACGUCUUCGAUGUUGUCCCAGUUCAGAAAAGUAAACAAUUAUGACAUUAAUUGUUGUUCAUUGUAAGGCAUAAAUUGCUGUAACUUAUUAUUUUGGAAUUUUGGUUACUUUCCUGAAAUGAGGCAGCUUCGGUGACGUAGGCGGCCGACAUAGGCGACCUCCUGAGGGUGCAGCCUCCCAAAUGAAACACGCUCAGAAAUUGUCACUCAUCUCCACAAAAGUUGUGGUAGUCUACUGAAAUAGAGUGGUAUUCCCCAAAGCUACACCCAUCGGAAAACCUUACCUGAAACACUAAAUAACAGCAGCAACAUUAUAUACAGAUAGCCUAUAUUUUACUGAAAUGGCUUGCGAAGUCUCGCAGGGUAAGUGUUUGUUUGUGCUCUUAAGCGAUGUUAGAUGUUUGUUACUGAUGUUUCUCUUUGCUCUACAGAUGACCAGAUUGGAGAAGCACUCUUGAUUGGGGUGGUAAGAAAUGAGGUGAUGAGCGUAACAGCUGAAGUACAUGCUGCCCCACCAGCUCUUCCCGAAGCUCGACCAAUAAGCAACAGCCAGGACCAGAAGCUUGUUGAACAGCUGGCGGAGACCAUCAAAGUGAUCGGCGAUAGGCUCGAUCAGGAUAAAGCAUUCAAUGACAUGAUUGAUGGCUUAGUAAAAGUGGCUGAUAAAAAGAGUUUCUGGGAACUUGUGGAAAAAGUUUUCACAGAUGGCCAGAUCAACUGGGGGAGAAUUAUAGUGCUGUUCUAUUCAGUUGGAAAACUGUCUGCAAAGAUGGUCCUUGCAAGCUUACCCACAAUUGUUUCAGACAUUUUGACCUUAUGUCUGGAUUACUUCAGGAGGACUCUGUUGGAAUGGAUUCGCAAAAUGGGAGGAUGGAUGCACAGUAUCCCUGCGCUGGCCUGUUUCUCCUUUGAGCAAUUUUCUGGCUCUGCACUGUGUAAAAAUUCUUCCUAUUUUAGAGCUGCAUUGGCCUUCACCGGUGGCCUACUGCUAGGUGGCUUUAUCGUCUCGAAAAUUUCCAAGAAAUAGCUAAGAGGAAGAAAAUGAAGAUGUUGCAACAGAAGUGUCCAUAAUGUUGAACUUGAGAGAAACCAUGUAUCUUACAUCUGCCUUUUGUAAUUUGCCCCCUUUUUAUUGUAAAACACCUGUAUUUUAUAUGUAUUUAUACUUUUGUAGAAAACAUAUUGAAUAUUGUCAUGUUAAAGAACUAAAAAGGUACAUGUUUAUUCAGGAUCAGGACAAAUUGUAAGAAUAAAACUGAGCCUAUAAGCUUUUUAUUUAAACAGUCACAUGAUAUACAAUAAUGGUUUUGUAGAAGGUGGCUUGUCCUCUCUAGUGUACAUUUAAGCAUUGUGCUUUUGUGCAUUGAAUGUGCUUAAAGUCCUGAUGAUUUGUAUGUUUGUUUGUUUUUUGUUUGUUUUUUUAAUAUAUAUAUAUGAAGAGUUCAGAUGCAAAACCAGCUAAAAGCCAUCUCGGUCAAAAAUGAGAUGAUACUGAGUGAAUACUCCUGACACAUAGCAUAAGUCCAUCAAAUACUUUUACUUCAGACUCGCUAAAUUCCAGCCUCAGCCCAAUCAGAAGUACCAGUACUUACAUAGAAACCAAUACAAAGUAGGCAGAAAGAAAUGCUCAUUUUAAAGAAAUAGGUCAGAUGGAUUUAGAGGCUUUCGCAUCUGAACUCUUCAUAUAUAUAUAUAUAUAUAUAUUAAGGUGUAUAGGCAGUUUUGUGUGCCUGAUGAUUCUGUAAUAAAAAAAAACAG